AAAGAGGUUGGUGAAAUGGUUUAGAAGCAUCUAUAACUGUAGAAUCUGAAUUGUUGAAACUGGAAUCAAAGAUAAUGAGGGAUAUGGAACUUGGAACCUGAAAUGUAAAUCCAGGAACAGGAACCUUGAACUAGAAAGAUGAAGGAACUAUUGGUUCUUGUUUGUUUGCUAAUAUCUACCCAUGCUAAACAGAAUGACUUGACCGGUUUAUCCUUUGGAUGUGGGAAUGUGACACUAUCCUGCUCUCCGGAUAUGCUCCUAGUCGUGGAGAGGGUUAGUUACAUCCACGGAACCGAGUGCGAGGAGGAGGAGAAGGAGAAGAAGGAGGAGAAAGGGGAGGGGAAGGAUGUGAAUCAACUUGACUUAACGUAUAAAAACUAUAUUGACGCUGCGCAAAGUGUACAUAGAGAAUACCGUGAUACAAGUAAACAGUACAAUCAUGUACCAACAUUGGAGGAACUACACGGUUUACAUGAGCCUGUACAUGAGCCUCCACUGAUCAGUGAACUAGUAAGUGAGGAUAGUGUAGAUGUAUGGGAUGCAGUUCUAUCGAAAUGUUCAGGAUACGAAAAGGGAAACUGUCCUUUCAAUAUUGGGACACAGCUACCUCACUUCAGUAGCCGAGGUCGGUUAGAGGUUCAGUAUACUUGUGCCGAGGAUGUUUAUUCAUAUUGUGGAGGCCAAAUUCAGUCUGGAUCAGGGGGAUAUCUCUCUUCUCCUGGUUACCCUAAAUACUAUCUAGGUGGAAGGUCUUGUUUGUGGAAUAUAACUGGAGGGGAGGGACAGAGAAUAGAAGUUACUCUGCUGGAUACAUCUUUAAGAACUGAGGACUGUAUAGAGAUUCAGGUGGGUAGAAGAACUGAGGCUCGGGAGUGCGGAAGAUUGGCGGAGAUUAAACGAGUAAUUUCAACAGGAAACUUUAUACAAAUCAGAACUAUAAUUUCCGAGAGUAGUCAGCAAAUUCUUUCACGUAGAGGAAUUCUUCUUAGAUAUAAAACAAUAGGUUGUUCCGCCCCAGCUCCUAUAGCGGAUGGAAGAAUAUCGAUGUUUAACGGUAGUUUUGCGGAGUUUACCUGCGACCAGGGUCACGUAUUUAAAUCUAGUCUUGCAACAGUUAAAACUGUGCAGUGCAGGGGCAACGUCUGGUCUGAGAGUCUGGAGCACUGUAUAUCUAUAGAUUUCCUUCUACAGUAUGGAGGAGAAGAUGUAAAAAAUGCGCUAACAUUUACACACAGCCAUCUCACACAACCUGAUAUUGAAAGGAGUGGGGAGUGGAAGGUGGAGGUGGUUGGAACUACACUCGUUGGAGUCCUACUCCUAGUUAGUUUAUCUAUAGGAGUACUUUUAUACUGCAAAUAUUCAGAAUCAGGAUCUUAUCAUCUGCAGGAUGACCAGCUGAGUUUGAAGGAGGUAGAAAGUGGGUUUCCUGAACCUAAACAUGAGAGAUAUUGAACACUAAAAACUUAAUGAAACAAUUAUUACCAAUUAAAAGUUUAAUGUU